CAUAACACUUUGCACGGGCGAAACUCCUGCACUUCCCACAAAACGCACGUCCGUCCGCGCAGAGAAAGAGAGAGAGACAGAGAGAGAGAGCUAGAGAGAGAAAGAGAGAGCGAGAGAGGAGGGGUUGAAAGAAAUCAACUGAAUUUUCAUGACUGGACUUUUUUCCUCAAUUGUUAAAUUGCACGCAUUUGCCAGUGGCUUUUAGAAGAGGCAAGUCGACAACCAGCCAAUCAGUGCUGCGUCUCAGCUUCCAGGAGCAGCUAUAAGGAUUCAGAAUCACUUGGAGGAGGUGGACGCAGCCUUGCGGGAACCUUAACACUCCUCGGUUUUCUCCUGAAUGGAUUAUAAUUCAGAGGUACUUUUCUUUUGAGCUGGCACUGCUCUCUUCUCCACUCCAAGCUCUCCAGCCCAGUCACUUAGUGAAUUAUCAGCAGAGCCGUCUACGUGUGUCAAUAUUGCGGUACUUUGCUGACGGCUUGCAGUAUAAAUGCAUCGCUAGAAGAUCGGCUCCACUGCGCCACGACCGCCCGCCUGUUCACUGUCAGUGCGGCACUUUAAUCACUUUGUUAAUUGAAAAUUUGGACUUUCGUUUGAACAAGUGCCCAGAAAUUCACGUCUCUUCUUUUUUUUUGCUGUGAUCUUACUGUUUUUUUCUUUCCUGCUAUACUUCAAGACCCUCCCUCCUUUGCCUCACAGCCCUUCACCCCUCCUCCGCUGCCCGUGAGUCUGUUCAAACAGCUGCAUAGAAGAUGUCUGCCCCAGAUGCCGCCGCCCCAGCCGCAGCCCCCGGUGCUCCAGGAGCUCCUGGUGCAGAUGGAGCCCCAGCUGGCCCACCUGCAGCCCCACCCAACACCACCAGCAACCGCAGGCUACAGCAGACACAGGCCCAAGUCGAGGAGGUGGUGGAUAUCAUGCGGGUGAAUGUGGACAAGGUUUUGGAAAGGGACCAGAAGCUCUCAGAGCUGGAUGACAGAGCGGACGCUCUCCAAGCCGGAGCCUCCCAGUUUGAGAGCUGCGCAGCCAAGCUAAAGAACAAGUACUGGUGGAAGAACUGCAAGAUGAUGAUCAUGAUGGGCAUCAUUGGAGUCAUUGUGGUUGGAAUAAUAUUCUUGUACUUCUUCUAUUGAGCUCAGCCCAUCAAUACAGAUGGAUAUGGACUUGAGAAUGAUAUGAGAGAGAAGAGAAAAAAAAACAAGCGCCACUCCUCCUCUUUCUCUCCGUCCUCUCCUCCCUCUCUUCACAUAGUCUUCCAUCAAACCAUCUUGCACUUAUACAUGAUAGUAGUGUUUAUGGGUGUCUUUGCUUUCUUUGUCCCCCUUUCCCUCCCUUCUCAUUGUUUUCUUCCACUGUUUUGGGGUGAAGUCUCACUCACUCUCUCCUGCCUCCGCACCUCAUGUAUUAUUGAAGGUCGCAGCCAGCAGAGUGUAAGAGGAAGGAAAAAAAAGGGAAGGAGGGAGAGAGAAAAUCCUGGUGACACGGGAAUACACAGGGCUAAGCCCACUGAACGGAGCUAUGGGGGAAAUGUACAAUGUACAGAUGGUGGAUGUGUGCAGGGAGAUUGAACAAGAGUUUGCAGUCCUUUCUAUCCCUGAAACACCAAAGCUUGUUCAUAUUACCUUUUUUGAGAAUCCUACAUUUGUAAAUUGAUACUGACAUGCCAAACUAACGCACUCCAUCUGUCACCACUGCUACCAUCAUUGCUGCUUACUAACAAGAUUAUGAUCAUUUUUGUUGUAUGCUCAUGUGUAUUUGUGAUCCAUGGCGUUGUCGCUAAUAGAUGUUUCCAAUUUAGCUGUUAGGCUUUUAUUAGUAAUUUUUUAUUUUCCUUUCCUGCCUAACUUUCUCCCACCUUGCCUCUUAUUUCUGCAACAUUCAGUAAUGACAAGAAAAGAGAAAUUUGACAUAGGGAAAGAGACUGUGAGUCUAAAAUACUGAAUUUAAGGAAAGGAAGAAGUGAUUCAGGGAAAGGUAGUAAGAGCAUUGCAUCAUUUUUUUCUGUAUAAGUAAAUGAAACUUAACUCUGGACUGAUAAGCAAUUAUUGAUAAAGUAGUUCUAUAACUAUGCUUCAUUUGUACGGGUGUUUUUGUACCACAGGUGGUGGCACAGACAUAGUUUUAUGCUUAGUGGCAUAGUAAAAUGCACAGCAAGGCAAACAGACAAGCAGCCACUAACAGACAAUCUACUGUAUACAUGAAUUGACCACUCCGACACAGAGGAAGGUCUCUCAACUCUGCCUUGGACAGAGUCACAGCCAUAGACAGAUGAAUGUGUAGUGUCACAUUUUAAACAGGUACAAACGUCCACUUUUGAGAGUUGUGCUGACAAAGUGUUUGUUUGAUUGUUGCUUGAGUUGACUUGAUCUGUAGAAAAGCAGGAAAAUGGGAGAAAAGACUUCAUUUUGAAACCCAGAGCCACCUGGUCCUCUUGCCCCCCCCCUUUCACUCACAUAAAAACAGACUCAAAUGUCACCUGCAGUACAGUAACAGCCAAAAUGAGGUGUUUGUUUCUAACUUGCAUGGCAAACAGUGUCCAUAGUUUUGCCUAUUUGUGUGACCUGUGUAUCUGCCAUUUCUGAAUCUAACUGCCGAUUGUACAUUUUCCUUUGUUAGUGGUUUUAAGGACCUAUGUAUAUUGUCUUUCUGAUCUGAUAAUUACUGCUUAUGCAAUGCAAUGAUGCUCAAGAGUUUGUCAAAUUUUAAAUUCACUUGCUUUUGAGAGAAAAAUAAUAUACAACUGCUACUAUGAUGAACUGUUAAACACAUGAUACUGUACAAGCAGAACCAUAGUACACAUCUGUCAGACUGUGCUCCUGAAAAAGGGGUUUAUAAAUUCUUUCAGGUUUUGGGGGGGUUGCUGAAUAUAAAAGAAAAGUUAAUUUUCCUCUCUUCAAACUGAUUUUGAGAGUUGAUAAAAUUAUGAAAACAUGAACAAACUUAUGUGCAAAGUAUGUGCAUAACUGUAGCGGUUAGCCAAAAUGUUCGGAUGAUAUUGUGCAACAAUAUGAUGAACGUGUGAUUUACAACCUGAAAAUGCAGUAAGAGAUGCAACUGGAUUUGCGAAAACAAAUGCAUGCUUACCACUUUUGCUGAUGCCA